AUGGGUCUGUUUAGGCGCAAGGAUGCUAAGCAUUCGCACGAGAGGGACGAGCAAGAUUCGUUCAUCUCGACAAACAGUGCCAGGACCUCAAAUGCGUCCUUGAAAGUUCCGCUCUCCCUCAAGUCCAAUGGCAGCCCGACAAUUCCUGAAAUCCCCAUCUCCCCGCCUCCCGAUCCGAAUAUCGACCCCGCGGCCUACCUCAGAAGCAUUCAUUCCGUGCGCCAACGAUGCAGGUUUGUGAUGCUCAAGGCGAAAAGGAACCAGCUGAAUCACUUCGAUGUGGAUUAUGAUAAGUUCGAGGAUACUGCCCAUUACGUCGUGUCCAUCAUCAAGAGAGAUUAUGCGCCGGACUACCAUUCCAUCCCCGCCCAUGGCCGGUGGCAACAUUUUGAAGUCGGCGGCCGGCCGCGAAUCAACCAGCUUCUCCAGUCCUGGCCUAGCACUAUCGACUCACUCGAACGUACCAGAAGGUUGAUUGACCUGUUUUUGAUUUCUGUUUUGCUUGACGCUGGAGCAGGAAACACCUGGUGCUAUAAGUCCAAAGAAUCAGGCAAGGUCUAUAAACGAAGUGAAGGUCUAGCCGUUGCAAGCUUGGAGAUGUUCAAAGCUGGAAUGUUUAGUAGCGAUCCCACAGAGCCUUGCCAGGUCGAUGGCGCGGGCUUGAAGAGGCUCACGGUGCAGGCUCUAGCCAAAGGAAUGCAGCACUCAGAACAAAAUCCUCUCGCCGGCAUUGAAGGGAGAGCGGGCUUGCUCACAAGGCUUUCCGGGGCAUUGAACAACCAGGAGUUCUUUGGCGUUGAUGCGAGACCAGGGAAUAUGUUAGACUACCUCCUUUCUCACCCUUCAACCCAAGCCUCGUCAGUUCCCAUAAUUCUCAUACCAACGCUUUGGCAUGUCCUUAUGGAUGGUCUGUCUCCAAUCUGGCCACCUUCCCGGACGCAGAUUGAUGGUGUGUCGAUCGGAGAUGCCUGGCCAUGCAAAUCAAUGCCUGCCUCGCCCCCCGCACAAGAAUGGGAAACUAUUGUGCCGUUUCACAAGCUAACGCAAUGGCUCUGCUAUUCUAUCAUGGCACCGAUGGCUAAGGUGCUUAACAUACGAUUUUCCGGCUCUGAACUCUUGACUGGGCUUCCAGAGUACCGAAACGGAGGGCUCCUUAUCGACAUGGGUCUUCUUACACUGAAGGACGAAGACAUGAAACGCGGCUUGGAUGCCUAUAAGACCAAUGCUAUGAAAAAGGGGCAGCCGAAUAUGGAGGUCGUGCCACUCUUCACAGCAGACGAUGAUGUAAUUGUCGAGUGGCGUGCGCUUACAGUUGGAUUCCUUGAUGAAUUGCUAGCCGAGGUAAACAAAUUAUUGGAGCUGCCUGACGGCCAAAAACUGAGCCUACCGCAAAUGCUAGAGGCUGGCACAUGGAAGGGAGGGCGUGAGAUAGCAGAAGUAUCAAGACCGAAUACGAAACAACCCCCAAUCAUGAUCGUUUCUGACGGAACAGUAUUCUAA